GCCUUAUUUAAUUAUCUUGUAAAAGAUUGCAUUGAUAGGGAGUAGUUGGCCUAACGCAGUAUACUGUAUGUGACAUAAGGUUCUGCCUAAUUUGACCGCCUGAUGUACUGUAUUCAUUCGGUUAGACCUCCCGCGGUGGGUGCCGCCGCUUGACAGCUAAACUACCUACAUGCUCUACGUUGUAUUGCUUCAGCAAAAUGUCAUGGACAAGGAAAAAGACAAUAGGGCCUGUGCCGCCUCCACCCUCUUUCACCCCGAGGUUUCCAGAGUCAUAUACGAAAAAGCGGGCUUCUAAUAAUGGCCGGGGCACGGAUGAUGCUCUCGCUGUUACCCGAAUCCUUGAAGCAGCUGAUAUCCCAUGCUGUAUGGUGGGAACAUGUGCUCUCAUAUUUUAUGGAGCUGGCAGACUGCGUCACCAUUGGGAAAUCUGUGUCCCGACACAUCUCGUUGACAAAGCUGCAGCAUUAUUACAGGGAGAGCCUCAUUCAGCCACUUAUCACCUCGCGGAGCCAUGGGAUCACCCAAGCUCAUCUCUCUUGCAUACUUGGCAUCGAUUCAAACAUAAUGAAACCGAUUUCUACUUUGUCCUUGUCCCCGACAGAGAUGUCCACAUAGUCUGCGAACCCUCCAACUUCACUCGCAGCCUUCGAGGGUUACCAUAUCCCAAGCUAGACGUCUUUAUACAAAGCUGUCUAGAUUCAGGCGACGAACUCCAACUAUGCGAUGUGAUUGACGGUACAGAUUUGCCAGAGGAGUGGGGAGAAGAGAAUCUUGAACUUGACGGUACAAACGACGUUGAAUGGGCUGACGAUGUGAACAGACGAGGCCGUGAAUAUGAAGGCGGGAAGUAUUUACACUGGUCGCCUUUUGCAUUCGGUCAUCCAAGAAGCAGACGAGCUAUGUGGCAGUCCUACGUACGAUCAAAGAAGGAUAGGUUAGAUUGGACGAAGCCAAGCCAUGUGUUUACUACGCAAUAUCAUAUUAUUGACACUCCAGAUUCGUGGACUGUUCUCUCGGAUGAUUACUAGAAACAAGAAAGACAAAUAGAUAGUAUACCCCAGCCGGUAAUUGAAAGCUACGAUACAUGCCC